AUGGGAAAGUUAGUUAGGAUAAGAAAUUUUUUUCUUCUGCCUCUUGUUCAUAUAAUACUUGUGCGAAAAAAUGACAUAGAUCCAAAAGUACACUUAAAAAAAAAUCCAUAUUAUUCAUUACGAUUGUUAAGUGAUGGAAAUGCUAGUAGUGACAAUUGGAAGGAAAAUGAAUUUCUUAUGAAGCAUAAAGCUAUAGCUAGCAAUAGAAAUAACAACUAUGGAAAUAAAAAUGAUAAAUCUUUGUUAAGACAGAAUGCCUUCGAAGGUAUCGAUAAGGGAAGAGACAUUCCCAAUAGAAUCUCAUCCAGAAUUAUACAUUACACAAAUAGAAACAAAUUAAAAUGGAACUUCAAUCAUCUUCAGUCCCUUGUUAAGAAUGAAGAUAUAGAGCAAUCGAAAUUUUUACAUUUUGUAAGAACUUCCCAUUGGGUAGAUAAUAAAAUAGAUUCAGAAUUUCCUACCACGGACGAAACAGAGGAGAAAACACAUUACCAAAAUAUAUGUGAGGAACAGUUUUUCUUCCAUAAAAAUGGUCCCUCGAAAAGUAGGAUAAAUCACCUGCAAGUUCAGACAAAAAAGUGGAAAGAUGUAAUAAUGAGCGGUGCACACGAGCUGUUUGGAACGCUUCUAUUUGGAAAAAUCAAUGAUAGGAGAAUAGGAAGAUAUUUGCAAGAAGACGACAAUGAAGAAGAUGACAAUGAAGAAGAUGAUAAUGAAGAAGAUGACAAUGAAGGAGAGGACAUCGAGGGAGAGGACACUGAAGGAAUCAUCUCUGGACGAAACAGCUAUCAACUGAACUCUUUGGAAAAAGAUUAUCAAAUGAAAGGAAUGGAUAGUCCACCAGCAGAAGCUAUAGAAAAAGAAGACGAAGAGGAAGAAGAAGAAAUUACCCUUGAAGUGGAUCCUGAAGACGACGAUUUUGACAAAAUAACUGAUAGCUUUAAAACGACAUUUAAAGGAGAAGGAUUAUCAUUGGAACAAGCAGUAGCUGAAUCAUUUGCAUCUAGCAACACAAACAAAGAAUAUGUAUGUGAUUUUAAAGAGUAUAUAAGUCCAAAAGAAAGCUCCAAAAUAGUGACAUGUGAAAUGAAGAUUCAAGAACCACUUGUUAAGGUAAAAAUUAUCUGUCCCACGAAAGAUGAGGAAGCAACAAAAUUUAAAUCUAUUGAAUACUUUCCUAAAAAGGCACCUUAUGUUGUACUAGUGAACGAAAAUAAAAAUGGAGAGGAGACUGAAUCGUUAAAGGAGAAAAAGUUAGCUGAAUUGGUUUAUGGUGUUGUUAUACCUCCACAGAAUAAUGAAAAAGAUAAUGAAUUUGAAAAAGGAUCUAUCGAAUUUAUUUUACCACCUAUAAUGAAAAGUAAGAAGACAUUAUAUUAUAUAUGUGAUAAUAGUAAAUCAACUGAUGGAGGAAGUAACAAAGGAAGCAGAGGUAUUACGGCUAUUUCUAUAGAACCAUAUGGUGAACCUGUUAAAGGAUGUAACUAUUCAGGUAAGAAUAAGAAUUUUUUUACAUAUAAUUAUGAUGAAACUGCUUCUAUUGGAACUCCAUGUGUGUUUCAAUUAAACGCUGGAGAAAUUGGAGGUAUUAUGUUCCCAAAGGAUAUUAAAUCGACUAGCUGUUUUGACAAAAUGAUUCCGAAUACAUUGAAUGAAAAAUGGGACAAGAAAAAAAAAGCAUUAAUAGAUGUAAUAAGCGGUUCAGUAAUAUAUAACAAAGAAAUGGAUGCAAAAUAUUAUGAUGUAAAAUAUUUCACCAUUCCACAAAGCUACAGAGAUUCUAUCAACUUGUUUUGUCACAUCAAAGUGGGGCAAGAAAAUAAAGUUCAUAUGGUAUACAUAAGCAUAAAUCAAGAAUUAAACAUGUCUAUUUUUAACCUGUAUGAUUCAUUUUCCAAAAUAAAAAAAGUUUCACAAAUUGCAAAAAAGACAGAAGGAAAGACUGAAUAUACAUGUGACUUUACAGAUCAAUUGGAAAAAAGCUUAGAAUUAAAUGAAAAAAAAGUUAUCAUAUGUAGAAAAAAAUUAAAAGAAUUUGAUACGUUCAAAAUGAAGUGUAAUGUUAGCAAAUCGAAAUAUGCAAAUAUCGAAAUGAUACCUAAAAUGCUUAAAGAUGAGAAAAAAAAAAAAAAUGUCUUAAAAAUUCAGCUAGAUGUGCAAUAUGAACUCUUCAAAAGGUACCUUCAUUUUCAUACCAAGAAUGCAGAAUAUCUAAUUGGAUAUCCCUCUUUCUUAAUGUUUCCAUUUAACAAAAUUGCAAAAAUGGAAUUGAAAAAAAAUUCCAUCUUUAAAAGUCAUAAAGAUUUUUCCUAUUUUGAUCAAGUAUCAACUGCUUCUGAUGGGUUGAUAAAACUUCUCGCAUAUAUGGAUGCACAAGAUACAGUUGUGUUAAAAGAAAAAAUUCCAAAUCUAAAUAUAAGUGAUGAAGAAUCCAAUGAUGAAAUCUUCGACUUGACGUUUCAAGUGCCAGCAUAUGUAGACAUAUCCGAACCUUUAUAUUUUUUCAUGGGAUGUAAUAAUACAAAAGAUGGAGGAAAUAUUGGAGUUGUCGAGUUGGUUAUUUCUAAAAAUGAACAAAUUGUAAAGGGAUGUAAUUUUGCUGAAGGAAAAAUAGAAUACUUUACACAAAAUAUAGCAUCUUCUGAAAAUAAAUGUGCCUUAGAGGCCUAUCCAAAUGACGUUAUUGGGUUCAACUGUUCCAAGAUAACUAGAGCAGAUGCAGAAGAAGAAUCAGAUGAAGAAGAUCCAGUAAACAAUUUUGUUGAACCUGAUGGAUGCUUUGCACAUGUGUAUAAUGAAUCUGGUGGAAAAACAGACAUCAAUGAACUAUUACCAGGGGCGCAACUAUACAAUAUUAAAAAGAAAAAAUCUCGUGCUUUUAUGAAAAUUCCCUCGAUUAUAAAUAAACUAUCAUUAUCUAUUUCUUGUAAAUGUAAAGUAGAUUCUACCGUGAAAGAAGUAAAUAUAAAAAUUGUGAAUGGCAGAACGAAGACACAAAAAGGAUUAGGUGUUGUAGAUGUAAAAAAAGAAGCUACUACCAAUAGUGAUGAUAACAUAUAUACAUGUCCAAACAAAAGUAUUAUAGAACCCAAAUUAGCAAAGUGGGAUGAUAAGUAUGUAAAACAUACAUGUCAGGUAGAUGUAAAAAAAGAGAAUAGUUACAUAGAAUUGUUUUGCCCAUCAAAAGAUUUUUCUAUUCAUCAUAACAUUAAUAUGAGUUACAGUACAACCAAACCACAAAAAGAAGAGCAGUUAAAACCAUUUAAUCAGGAAGUACUUGAAAAAUUAAUUCCACAUUCAGAAAUUCUGCAUAAAACUAAGAUCAUGCUACCAUUGACAAAAACGCAUGAAAAAGAAAAUGUAGAUUUAUCACACAUAUAUUUAUACUUCCCACAAUAUGUUAAAGAAGAACACGAAUUCAAUAUUGUAUGUGAUAAUAGCAAUACUUUUGUAGAUUACAAAAAAGGAGGGACAUUAUCUUACCAAAUUAAGGUUCCACAAAGAAGCAAAAAAGUGAAAGGUUGUGAUUUUACAUCUACCAAAUCGGAUAUAUUUCUAAACACAGAAAGUGCUAAUAAUUGUGUAAUAGAUGCACUUCCAAAUGAUAUAAUUGGGUUCGUUUGCCCACCUGAUACUGUUAAGAUAACUAGCUGUUUUAGAAAUGCAGUCGUCGAUGAAAAAUUAACGAACAUUUCGGAUCUCCUAUCCCUAACCGAUGAUAAUAUAGCUAAUCAAACAUAUACUCACAAUUUUAAUUACAUCCAAGUACCAAAUAUUAUCAGCAAAGAUGUGUCGUUCAAAUGUAUUUGUGUUAAUUUGAAAAAAGAUUACCAGUUAAAAUCUCCACCUAGUCCAAAACUUUUAGAUGUAAUUUAUCAGAAGUUAAAUAUAAAAAAAGCGGACGAUGCAUUAUCUCUCAAAGCAGAUAGGAAACAUAAAUUCCUUAUGAGUAGCAUGAAUAUGUACUUAGCUCAUAAGACAGAUAAAAUAGCUAGCCUUUUUCACAAAAUAAACGAGAAAAAACCAGCUGAAGAAGAUGCGAAUCCAGAAGAAAUAAUCGAAGAAAUAGCUACUAGCGAAAAUUAUGACGAUUCUACAUGUCCCAGCUGUUCCAUACCACAGGUUCUUGGUGGAUAUACUGAAGAAGAUUACUACUCAGUGUUACAAAAUAUACAUAAUGAAAGUGUAGAAGAAACUAUAACACAAGAAAUAGCAUCAUUAAUUGCAACCGAUUUUAAGGUGUAUACAUUAAAGAUUAAUUUAAAAGCACCAAAGUUGAUAGAAGCAAAAAAGGUUAAAGAAGAUGCAUAUGUGUGUGAUUUUUCCAAAAAAGGUUUACUUCUACCUGAACCACUUAAUGAAGAUAUACCGUCUGACAUCCAUUGUCACAGUGUACUAAAACCUCUUGACAUUUUGUAUGUAAAAUGCCCAACAGAAAAAGCAGCAUAUGCUAUUGCAAAAGGAAAAAUGGAAGAAGAUGAUGAUGAAGGUGAUAAAGAAAUAACUACUCUACUCGAUUCUGUUGUACAAGAUGGUGUAUCAGAUGCUAGUCCUUUGGAUGAUCCAUCUUUUGUAAAAUAUUUCUCUAAUUAUACUAUAAAACCGAAUAACUUUUUUGAAAAAGUAUUAAUUUCAGAAGGAACAGUAGAGGACAAAGAGGAAGAAAUAGAUACAAUACUACCAGGAGCUCUUUACACAACUAUGAAAGUAUUAAAAAAAAAAGAUCCAUACACAUCAUACGCUGCUAUUGUUAUUCCUCCAAGUAUUUCUAAGAAUACAACUUUUAAAGUUCAGUGCAAUAAUGAAGGAUACAAAGAAGCAAGUAAAUAUGGAGGAUACAAAGGAAUUAUUCAUUUAAGCAUAUCCAAGAGUGAAAAAAAGGCUAUAGGUUGUGAUUUUACUUCUGCAAAUAGUAAACUACUAACGAAGGGAAUUGAGCUUUCUACUGGGCAAACAAAAGAUUGUGAAAUAGAACUAAAAAAAAAUGACAUAUUUGGUAUUAGAUGUAAUUCUGAUUUUACAUUAGAUCCUGAAAAAUGUUUUCACGAAAUUUAUAACAAAUCUAGUGAAGUGAAGAAAAUUUCAGAAGUUAUUCCAAAUGUAAAAAUAUUUACAUUUCCAAAUUCCAAAUCUAAAAUUGCUUAUGGAAAAAUUCCAUUAGAUUAUGUAAAUAAAGUAAAUUUUUCAUGUUCUUGUAAAAAACCAGAUGGUGUUACUAAAGGUACUAUGAAAGUUGUUGUAAAUAAUGAAGAAGCAUCAUUGGAAGAUAUGAAACUAGUAGAUGCAAUAAAGCACGAAAAUGUUAACUUCUGUAACUUCUUUGAUAAUGAAAUGUUGUCUUUUAAACAAAAUGCAGAUAAAAAUAUCCAAUGUAAGGUAGAACCAGAAUUAUUUUCUGAAGUAUUAGUAAUUUUACCACGUUUAGGAAGUUCCAAUGCUGGUGAAGCAGAUUAUAAGAAUUUCUCUGUAACACCAUCAUUAGCUGUUUCAGAAGAUAUAAAAGUUGUCUUAGAUGAUAAGAAUCAUGUACCAUUAAGUACUGCACUAAAAGGAGUGUUUGGACAUAGAACCUUUUCUUUUAAAAAAAAUGAUAAGAAUGGAAUCGGAUUCAGUUUUUUUAUUCCUCCAGUAUUUGAAAGCAUAAAUCUUAAAUUAAUAAUUAACCAGAAGGAAGUUUUAUCAAGUUCAAAACAGAGAGGUGUCAUUUUCAUUGUUGUGAGAAAAAAUAUGGAUGAAGGAUCAUUAAAAAUGUGUGAUUUUACAUCUAGUGAAAAUUCCCUUUCUGAUCUACAUGGUACAAAUAACGAAAAGGUGUGUAAUGUGAAAAUAAAAAAAGGAGAUGUUUUUGGAAUUACGUGUCCUAAGGGAUUCUAUCUCUAUCCAGAGGCAUGUUUCUCAAAUGUGAUUCUGGAUUAUUACAAAGGAGAGGUAAACGUAGAAGCGGAACAAGAAGAAGACGCAAGUGAAGGAAAUGAUGAAGACAUAAACUACAUAGAAGAAGCCAAGACCAACCUGAGAUUAAAAGACUUAUUAGAAUUAGUAGGUGAAAAUGAUAUAGAUAUUUCUGAUUUGCAUAAUUUUUAUGAAUUUUCUAAUAUCACAGAAAUGCUAAAUUUUGAGAAUUUCAAUUUGGGUUCUAUGCCUCUAGAUUUCAAGAAAAAUUACACCUCUUCUUAUGCAAAGGCACCAGCUAAAUUUAGAAGCAUCCUUAAAUUUUCUUGCAAUUGUUACAAUCCUCAAAAAAAUGUAUUUGGAACAAUGAAUGUCGAGUCGGAGUAUACAGAUGUGGAGAAGGUAGGAAAACCUGAUGAAGAAAAAUAUGUACGUACUCAGCUCCUUCCUCUAAGAAAGAAAAUUAAAAUAGAAGAAGAAUCAGAAUCAGAAGAAGAAGAAGCAGAUCCAUUUAUGCAGCAAGAUGAUAGUAGUACCGAAUUGGUAGGAGGUGUUGGACAAUGGGAUCAAGAAGAAACAGAUAAUAGCAGCAUGCUAUCUGAUGGUAUAAGCUACACAUGUGAUUUUUCACAAGAAAAUUUAUUCGAUUUAAUUGAAGGAAAAUUGCAAAGAAAUACAUGUAAGAUAAAUGCAAGAGCGAUGGAUGUGGUUACUAUUAAAUGCCCACCAAUCAAGAAUCAUGUACACAAAGAAACAGCAGUUCCAGAAAGAAAUGAAAAAGAAAAGGUAACAAUCACUAUUGAUGAAGAAGAAUAUGUGACAUACCAAGAUGAAAAGACAAUGAAGAAAACAUUUUCGUUGAAAGAAAUUUACAAUAAUGAAUAUUAUAACAUGACUACAGAUGAGGUUAAACUGUUGAGAAAGUUAGAUGCAGAGUGGGAUGACAACCAUAUAUUUUAUCCAAAACAGGUUCUAGAAAAUGUAAUUGUAGAAAACAAAAUAGUUAAGUUGAAAGAGGCAUUGCCAGGUUUAAUAUUUCUUAAAAGCAAAGUACAAGAUGAAAUGAAAUCGACAAAUUUGAUAACAGAUGGUGUUACACGAUUUUUCAUUCCUCCAUAUGUAAAGGACGAUUUCAAUUUUCACAUUUUUUGUGGAAAAUCUUCUUCUAAGAAACCAAAAAGAAAUGAUACAUCCCUCGGAAUUGUGCAUGUAAAUAUAUCAGCAAACAGGAAAGAACUUCAAGGUUGUGAUUUUGUAGCUCCAAAGGGAGAUGUAGAAUCUUCUUCUAUAUUUACAAAUAAGAGAGAUACAUCUAAUGAUUCCAUUUGUCCAAUUUCUCUUACACCGAAUACAGUGGUUGGUAUAAGGUGUCCCAAAAAGAAGCUAACACCAGAGAAUUGUUUUCAAGAAACAUAUUUCAUAAAAGAAAUUCAAGCUGGAUCAACUGUAGAUGAAUUUGCUAACUUACAUAAGGAGAAAAUAACAGAUAUAAUAAAAGAUUCUAUACCUAUCCAAAAUUUUGAAAAUGAAGAAAAUACAUAUACUUACUUGAUUCUACCUAAAAAUAUGAAACAUUUGGAAACUUUAGAUACUCAGUUUUACUGUACUUGUGAUAAAAACAUUGUAAAAAUGAAAAUUGAUGAAAUUUACAUAAAAAGAGAAAAGGCAGAAAGAAUUGAUAAUGAAACGUGUACAUAUGAUAAAGUGAAAAAUGUAACAAUUUGUAAUGUAGUCGAAUAUAUGGAAAGUCUUUCACAAAAGGACAAUAAAACUAAUCAUUACAAAAUUAAUUUAACUGGAUGGAGUAAAUUAAUUUUAAAAUAUCCAACAAAUGAAAAGGAAAAUUAUGAAAAAAUAUUUUUAAAUCCAUUUAAUAUAAAAGAAAAAGUAUUAUUUAAUAAGGUACCAACAGACAUUGAAGAAAUUUUACCAGGUUCUAUAACAACAAAUAAAGUGGAUUCUAGGACAAAAAUAGUAGAACAUACAUUACGUAUUCCACCAUAUGUUCAUAAAUCUGUUCAAUUUUCUCUAGAAUUUAAUAAUUCUCUAUCUUCCAAAAAAGUAAAUUAUAAUUAUGUGUAUGGAAAUGUUAUCAAAAUUUUUAUCCAUGUAAAUGAGGGAUAUAAAGAAAUUAAUGGUUGUGAUUUUACAGGUUAUUAUAAUCAUCUAUUUAGUCAUACAUUUGAUCCAAAUUCGAAAGAAAAUAUAACAUGUAAAGUUACUGUUGGAUCUAAAUCUUUUGCUGGAUUUGCUUGUCCCCCUAAUUUUGAUGUAAUUCCACAAAACUGUUUUACAUCUGUUUAUGAUAAUAAUGAUGACGACAAAGUUAAAAAGUUAGUAGAUUUAUCUGAAGAUGCAGAACACGAUUCUGUUCAUUACAACACACGUGGAUUCACACUUUCCUACGUCACUUUCAAGAGUGCUGUCAAAGGGCAAAACAUUUCCUGCAAAUGUGUCUCCCCUGAGAAUGUUACUUACACCAUCAAUGUUGCUUUCGAUCCUGAUUCCAGCAACGCCUUUCCCUCCACUCGCAUUCGAAUCAGAUACGUUGAUUUGAAGAAGGGCAACUUUGCUUCUUACCUCCGAAAGAGGUGA